UAAACAAUUAUUAUUUAUUAGUUUAUAGUUUCAUACUUCAAUACUUGAAUUAUUAUUCUCCGAUACUUCGGUCUUCAUUACCUACUGUUUUCAUCUUCCAUAUUAUAAUAAUUUAUAAAUUUAAUUUUAAUAAAUAAAUAUUGGAUAGUUCAGUAUUUGGCAUUUUGAUUAUUUAAUUAUUUAAUACUCAAGACUUUAAAGUUACGAAUUACUAUUAAUUUAUUACUUGAUUUUCAAUUUGGGUACCAGGAUCCUGAAUUUUUUUAUGGAGAUAUUAGUUUAAUAACUGCUAUUGAAUGUACUUCAAAAAAGAAGCUUUCUCUUGAAAAAUAAUAAAUAAUUUAAAAUCUCGAAAUAAUGUCCAAGCGAGUAACAAACGAUCGUCCUGAUUAUUCUGAUCCUACUGAUGAUAGUGAUGGUAGUGAUUUUGAUGAAGUGAAGAAAAAAACUAUAAUGGUUGGUAGUGAUUAUCAAGCACAAAUUCCUGAUGGAUUGUCCAAGUAUGGGGAUGAUCCACCAUACCAAAAUGUUGACAAACUUCUCUGGGACCCUCAUAAUACAACCGAUGCAGUCAUUGCUGACUAUCUUCAUCAUAUUCAUGAAAUUUCUCACGGUUCAAAUAUGUUACCCAAAGGUAAGCAUGUACGAGAUGAUGAAAACGCUUUAUUUUUACUUUCGCAAUGCGGAUUUAAUACUGAAGAAGCAUUACGUCGAGUUUCAUUAAAUGAUCAAAUGUUUGGUCGAAGAGCCAUGAUGGUGUGGUCAGAAGAAGAAUGCAAAAAUUUUGAAAAUGGUAUUCGUUGUUUUAACAAAAACUUCUAUCUGAUUCAACAGCACAGAGUGACUACAAGAACAGUUGGUGAACUUGUUCAUUUUUAUUAUUUAUGGAAGAAAACAGAAAGGCAUGAUGUGUUUGCUAGUAAAGAACGACUGGAAAAGAAAAAAUAUGCUCUUCAACCAGGUAUUACAUUUUAUGAAGAUGGAGAAAACUCUGUACUUAAUCAAAAGACGAAUCAAGUUGGGAAUUGUUUAAUUUACUGUGAUCCAAAACGGUUACAACGGAUGGAAACAUCAGGUGUACAUGUCACUCUUGUGGAUAACUAAAGGGGUUGUUAAAUUAUUAUUAACUUAAUAUAUUAUUAAUAUGUUAAAUUAGCUUAAUUUUAAUACAUUUAAGUAUAAAUAAGACGUUCCUCUAACAAUUUACUGUAAAUUUAUUUAUUUAUUAAGGUAUUUUAAUAUGAGGAUGUACUACAUUUCUAUUAAGUAUUAUUAAUAUAAUAAUUUCUAAAUUAUUAUGUAAUAUUUAAAGUUGAAAUGUUAACAUUUAACUUGGAAUAGGGUUUUUAAAUAUUAAAAAUAAUUGUAAAAUUAAACUGGUGAAGUAAUUCACUUUAUAUUUAAUUAAUAUUGGUUCUUAUAAAUACACUUACACUUAAUGGUGUCUUAAUAUAUUAUUUUUAUAUGUUAUGCUUUCAGAUUAAAAUAGUUUUAUUGUUAGUGGAGCGUUUUACAAUUCUAAAAAUUAUGAUUAUUAUGUUUAGACUUAAAUUAUAAUUUUUGUACAAAUAGAUUUUAGGAAAAAUAUUUUAUUCUUUUAUUAAUAUUAGAUAAAUUACUGAUUGUUUAACUGUAAAAGUAUAGUUUGCAGGUAGUAUGUUUGAAAUAAUAAAAUAUACUACUUACAUAAUUUAUUGUAAGAUGUCUGCAUUUUGUUGUUAAAUAACAAAUUGUUAGUUUUAUAUUUUUGGUCACAAUAGAAAUCAUAUUUAUACAGGAACAAAAUAAUUUUAGCUAAAUAGCACUAGGUACUUAACCUAUAUUGACUGAUAUUAUUUUUGCAAAAUGUAAACAUAAAUUUAUUAAAUAUUAUGCUUUUGGCCUUUGUGCUUUCUGGAUUCCUAUUUUCAUUUAUUAAUUCUUUACCUAUGUCAAUUUGAAUAUUAUAAUUUUUUCUAUUUUACUUGUCUAAUGUAUAUUUUUUUUAAGAUUAUGAAUUUUAUUUAUUUAUAAAGAAAUAUGAUUGUAACAUAUUGUAAAUUAAACAACUGCAAUUUGUAAAGCAAAAUCUGCAUGUACUAUUUUGUCUUCUAUAUUUUUUAUGAAUUAUUUUACUAAACAGUAAGUUCAUACUUUUAUUUUUAUU